AUUUUAAUGGUUACUGGGCUCCUCCGGUGAACAAACCAACCUUAAGCUUUCCGACAGUCUCUCUCUCUCUCUCUCUAUCUCUUCCCUUAAUUCGCGUCGAUGUCGUCGUCGUCGUCCCGAUCGCGAUUUUCCCGAAACCCUAGUUCUUGAACUGCUCGGAUUUCGAUUGGUGAUAUGGAGGUGUAGCGAAGCGACGGAGCGAGCGCAAUCCGAAGAUGGAGUCCCAUUACGCCCACCACAACAGCAUCUUCGACCGGCGCCCCUUCCUCAAGGCCAAGACCCCCGCCGUCAAGUGGGUCAAGCAAUGGGUGCCACAAGAUGUUGUAGCGACUGGCGGGAAGUGCUAUCUCUUGAAAUGGGUUUCAGAGAGCACGUUGAAGGCCUUGAAUGAGAAGGAAAAGGAGCCAAAGGAGCCAGAACCAGAGCCAGAGCCAACUACUGAAGUACUUUUCCUCUGCAGCUAUGAAGGAUGUGGAAAAACCUUUAUUGAUGCUGGUGCUUUGAGAAAGCAUUCUCACAUCCAUGGAGAAAGACAGUAUGUGUGUCACUAUGAGGGAUGCGGAAAGAAAUUUUUGGAUAGUUCGAAAUUAAAAAGGCACUUUCUUAUUCACACUGGGGAAAGAGAUUUUGUAUGUCCUUAUGAAGGCUGUGGUAAGGCAUUUUCCCUGGAUUUCAACCUGAGGUCCCACAUGAAAACACACUCUCAAGAGAACUAUCAUAUUUGCCCAUACUCGGAUUGUGGAAAGAGAUAUGCUCACGAGUACAAGCUUAAGAACCACAUUGCAUCGCAGCAUGAAAAGAAUGCGGCAGUUGAGGUGACGAAGUACACACCACCUCCAGAGAAGAUCACUACUAAGGCUUCUAAGCCUUCCAGCGGAGCUUAUGGGUCGGCAUCAUCUGACCGCCCUUAUGCUUGUCCGUAUGAAACGUGUGACAAGGCUUAUAUUCAUGAGUACAAGCUCAAACUUCACUUGAGAAGAGAGCAUCCCGAGUACAUGGCUGAUGAGAAUGCUGAGAAUGCCACACGCAAUGUAGAUCAUGAAAUGGACGAAGCUAGUGAUCAAGAUAACUACAGCAGAAAGCGCGCCAACGGGAAAAGCCAGAAACAAAGCAGACAGAAACCGAACUUGAAGACGCCCCCAGCAAAGUCCGCUAAGAGGAAGGGUGCCGCCAGCCCUACUCCCGUAGCUUUGAAUGUGGUGAAGAAACCGUGGCCAGUUAAAGAAGAUAUAUACGAGGAAGAAGAUAGUGAAGAGACGGAAGAGGACCAAGAGAAUGUGGAGGGAUGGAGAUAUGCAGAAAACAACGAGGACGACGAUGAAGAGACCGAGUAUGAAGACUAGCGAGCUAUCUGCAGCAACAUAUGUAUUUAAGAGGAAGGAUUGGGUUGAUGAAGGGACAAGGAUUUCAAGAUUAGACCUGGAGGAUGCUGCCAUUAGCUCCACUGUGAAGCUUGAUUGCUCUUUCUCUCCAUUACUCGCGGUUCCUUAAUGAGCCGCAUUCAUGUGUCAAAACAAAUCUGCAGCAGCAUUGUUGUUGGAAUUUUUCGACUUAAAUGGAUAGUUAUAGAUCCCUAAUCAUGAAACCCAUCUAAUGGCCAAA